AUGUCUGCCGUCGACAACCUCGCUGACAACGUGGCCGCUGCCACCAUCAACGACACCCCUAACACCAACGGCGCUGCUGCUGCGACCUCGCAGUCUACCGACGCCGCGGCCGCCAGUGCCGAUGAGGGUCGUCGUCUGUACAUCGGCAACCUCGCUUAUGCGACCACCGAGGAGGAGCUCAAGGAGUUCUUCAAAGGUUACACCAUCGAGAGCACCUCGAUCCCAGUGAACCCCCGCACCAACCGCCCUGUUGGAUACGCAUUCGUUGACCUCGCCACUGCUGCCGAGGCCACCGCUGCCAUCGAGGGACUUUCCGGCAAGGAGAUCCUCUCUCGCAAGGUUUCAGUGCAGCUCGCUCGCAAGCCCGAGCCUGCGGAGGCUAAGGAAGGUGCUGCCAGUGGCGGCGAGGGCGCCAGCGGCAACGAGGGUCGCAAGCGCUCUGGUGGCCGCGGCCGCGGCCGUGGUCGCGCUCGUGGCCGUGGUGGCCGUCUUGGUCGUGGACGUGGUGCUCAGGAAGGACAAGAAUCUACUGACGCCAAUGCUGCUGGCCAGGCUCCUCUGACUGAGACUACCAACGAGAACGAGGCUGCUUCCGCCGAGGGCGCUAAGCAGGCCAAGACCCCCCCAAGCAGCGUGGACGGCAUCCCCUCCAAGACCAAGGUCAUGGUUGCCAACCUUCCCUAUGACCUGACCGAGGACAAGCUCAAGGAGAUCUUCGUUGAAUACUCCCCCGUGUCUGCCAAGGUCGCCCUUCGCCCCAUCCCCCGCUUCAUGAUCAAGAAGCUCCAGGCCCGCAACGAGCGCCGCAAGACCCGCGGCUUCGGUUUCGUCAACCUGUCCACCGAGGAGCUCCAGGCCAAGGCUGUCAGCGAGAUGAACGGCAAGGAGAUUGACGGCCGUACCAUCGCUGUCAAGGUUGCCAUCGACAGCCCCGGCAAGGAGGACGAUGUCGAUGCUGCUGCCGACCAGUUCGAGGAGACCAACCCUUCCACUGAGGAGAACGCUGCUCCUGCUGCCGCGGCUGACUCUACCCCUGCCCCUGCCCCCGCUGAGACCACUGCCUAA